GAGGGCUUGGAGCCCCGGGAGCCCGGGACCAGGCGCGGGCCGGACGCGCGGGGGCCUGCGGCAGAGGUAGGCAGAAUAAAUAUGGCAGAGCUUUCUGAGCCAGAAGGACCAGUAGAUUGGAAAGAACGAUGCAUAGCUCUUGAGUCCCAGCUCAUGAAAUUUAGAGUCCAAGCAAGCAAGAUAAGAGAACUCUUAGCAGAGAAGAUGCAACAGCUUGAGAGACAAGUUACUGAUGCUGAACGUCAAGCAGAAAAGGCUUUUCAACAGGUACAAGUUAUGGAAGAGAAAUUGAAAGCUGCUAAUAUUCAAACCAGUGAAUCUGAGACUAGGUUGUAUAAAAAGUGUCAAGAUCUGGAGACCCUAAUACAGGAAAAAGAUGACAUCAUACAAAACUUGGAAACGCAACUUGAGGAGCAGAAACAAAUAAGAAUACAAGAAGCUAAAAUAAUAGAAGAGAAAGCAGCUAAGAUCAAAGAAUGGGUAACACUUAAGUUAAAUGAGCUGGAGUUGGAGAAUCAAAAUCUUCAUUUGAUCAACCAAAACCAAACCGAAGAGAUAAGAACAAUGCAGUCAAAACUACAAGAAGUUCAAGGGAAGAAGUCAUCCACUGUCUCCACACCAAAGCUUUCAGAAGGCCAGCGUCUAAGUAGUUUGACCUUUGGGUGCUUUUUAUCCCGAGCAAGGAGUCCUCCUCAAGUAGUACAAUCUGAGGAAAUGAGCAAGAUAUCAUCUAAAGAACCCGAGUUCACAGAAGGAAGAGACAUAGAAGAAAUGGAAAUUCCAGAAAAGUCUGUCAAUAACCAAGUUCAAGAAAACAACAGAGGUCAGAGAAGAUUGCAUCAGACCCCUUGUGGCUCAGAACAGACUCGGAAACCAAGAGCAAGCUUUGUAAUGGAUGCUGGCAUGUCCCAGACGUCAGGUGCCCCGGUGAGUGACUGGAGCUCCGACGAGGAAGAGAGGAGCAAAGGAAAAUCCAAGUCCAGGUGCGCAUCCACCCUUUCCAGUCACACAUCAGAGGAGGGGGCCCAGUGCAGCAGGAUGGGAAGCGAAACAUAUUUGACAGCAUCUGAUGACAGCAGUUCGAUAUUUGAAGAAGAGAUGUUUGGCCUAAAGCGACCAGAGUACAAGAAGCUGUAUUCUUGGCAACAGGAGGCACAAUGGAAAGCUCAGAAUAAUCCCCUUGGAAAGGUAAAUUCUGAAUCAAGUAAAAAGGAGCAAGAUAGUUCUUCAGAUGAACUGAAUAAAAAGUUUCAGUCUCAGAGACUGGAUUAUUCCUCUUCAUCGAGUGAGGCCAACACCCCAAGCCCUAUUUUAACCCCAGCAUUGACUCCGAAGCAUCCUAACUUACUACCUGGAAAAGGAACACAAUUAGUGCCUGCAUCAAACCUACCACCUCCAAAGUUAAGGAUUCCUAAUGUUUUCAGUAUAAGUGUCGCACUAGCCAAAAGGCACUUAAGCCAGCCACAGUUAAGUUCCGAUCGGAUGUUUGGUACUAAUAGAAAUGCUAUAAGCAUGAUACGACCACUGAGACCUCAGGAAACAGAUCUUGAUCUAGUUGAUGGCGACAGUACAGAAAUUUUAGAGAAUAUGGACACGAGUUGUGAUGAUGGAUUACUUUCCCAUGACUCUCUGGAAUCCCCGUGUUUGGACGACUUGGAAACCUUUGACUUGGCAAAGAAGGCGGCAUGUAGCAAACCUCCAACUCCUCCCCUGCACCGUUUUCCCUCUUGGGAAAGCAGAAUUUAUGCUGUAGCCAAAUCAGGCAUUCGAAUGUCUGAGGCCUUCAAUAUAGAGAAUGUUAAUAACAAUUCUGUUGCAUUGCUUUCCUAUACCACGUCAGGACUUUAUACAGCUCUGCUCUAUAAGAAUAUGACAACUCCAGUGUAUACAACUUUGAAGGGGAAGGCAACCCAAAUAAGCAGCAGCCCGUUCCUGGAUGACUCCUCUGGCUCAGAGGAAGAAGACAGCUCCAGAUCCAGCUCCCAGACUGCCGAGUCAGACAUGCGCGGUAGGAGUGGGCCGGGCAGCCCCAGAGCCUUGAAACGAGGUGUCUCUCUCUCUUCUCUGGCAUCUGAAAGUGAUUAUGCUAUUCCCCCAGAUGCUUACUCCACAGACACAGAGUAUUCCCAGCCAGAGCAGAAGCUCCCUAAAACUUGUUCAUCUUCCAGUGACAAUGGGAAAAAUGAACCACUGGAAAAAUCUGGCUAUUUAUUAAAAAUGAGUGGUAAAGUCAAGACUUGGAAGCGAAGAUGGUUUGUUCUUAAAGGUGGUGAAUUACUUUACUACAAAUCUCCAAGUGAUGUAAUUAGAAAACCCCAGGGCCACAUUGAGCUUAGUGCUUCCUGCAGUAUUUUAAGAGGAGAUAACAAACAAACAGUUCAGUUGGCCACUGAAAAACAUACAUACUAUCUGACUGCAGAUUCUCCCAAUAUAUUGGAGGAAUGGAUUAAAGUGUUACAGAAUGUUCUUCGAGUGCAGGCUGCCAACCCACUUUUCCUGCAGCCUGAUGGCAAGCCAUCUGUGAAGGGUUUGCUCACUAAGGUAAAACAUGGCUACUCCAAGAGAGUCUGGUGUUUACUUGUAGGAAAAACAUUAUAUUAUUUUCGUAGUCAAGAAGAUAAGUUUCCUUUAGGUCGGAUCAAACUCUGGGAAGCUAAAGUUGAAGAAGUUGAUAGAUCCUGUGAUUCAGAUGAAGAUUAUGAGGCCAGUGGGCGGAGUCUGUUAUCCACACAUUACACCAUCGUCAUCCACCCCAAAGAACAAGGGCCAACUUACCUUCUGAUUGGAUCCAAGCAUGAAAAGGACACUUGGCUUUAUCAUCUGACUGUUGCAGCUGGAAGUAACAACAUAAAUGUUGGAUCAGAAUUUGAACAACUCGUUUGCAAAUUGCUAAAUAUAGAAGGGGAGCCUACUUCUCAGAUAUGGAGACACCCUACUCUGUGUCACAACAAAGAAGGAAUUAUUUCGCCUCUGACAACACUGCCUUCUGAAGCUCUGCAGACAGAAGCUAUUAAAUUAUUUAAGACCUGCCAGCUUUUUAUAAAUGCAGCAGUUGACUCCCCUGCAAUUGAUUACCACAUAUCUCUAGCCCAGAGUGCCUUGCAGAUAUGUCUGACACAUCCUGAGCUGCAGAAUGAAAUUUUCUGUCAGCUCAUUAAACAGACAAGACGAAGACAGCCACAGAAUCAGCCAGGACCAUUGCAGGGCUGGCAGCUCUUGGCACUCUGUGUUGGACUGUUCCUUCCCCAUCAUCCUUUCCUGUGGCUCCUCAGGCUCCACCUAAAGAGGAAUGCAGAUUCCAGGACAGAAUUUGGAAAAUAUGCCAUUUAUUGCCAGCGAUGUGUGGAAAGAACACAACAAAAUGGAGAUCGAGAGGCAAGACCCUCAAGAAUGGAAAUUCUUUCAAUCCUUCUUCGAAACCCUUAUCAUCAUUCUUUGCCCUUCAGCAUCCCAGUGCACUUCAUGAAUGGGAUAUAUCAGGUAGUUGGAUUUGAUGCGUCUACCACAGUAGAGGAAUUUUUGAACACUCUGAACCAAGACACAGGAAUGAGGAAGCCAGCACAGUCUGGAUUUGCACUGUUCACAGACGAUCCCUCUGGCAGAGAUUUAGAGCAUUGUCUUCAAGGAAACAUCAAGAUUUGUGACAUUAUUUCUAAAUGGGAACAGGCUUCUAAAGAACAGCAGCCUGGGAAAUGUGAAGGUACAAGAACUGUUCGUCUCACUUAUAAAAACAGACUAUAUUUCUCAAUGCAAGCUCGUGGAGAGACUGAUAGAGAAAAGUUGCUGUUAAUGUACCAGACAAACGAUCAAAUAAUAAAUGGACUCUUUCCUCUGAACAAGGAUCUGGCUUUAGAAAUGGCAGCUCUGUUAGCUCAGGUGGAGAUUGGAGAUUUUGAAAGACCUUUCUCAACUCCAGAAGGGCAUGCUACCAAUCAGUGCAAAGCAAAUCAAACUUUAAGACAAGUCAUAGAGAAAUUUUAUCCUAAAAGGUAUAGAGAUGGGUGUUCCGAAGAACAAUUGAGGCAGCUUUGCCAGCGACUGUCAACCAGAUGGAUGGCUCUCCGGGGACAUAGUGGUGCUGAUUGUGUGCGAAUUUAUUUGACAGUGGCCAGGAAGUGGCCAUUCUUUGGUGCCAAGUUAUUUCUUGCAAAACCCAUAACUCCAUCAUCACUUGGAAAUAUGUUCAUGUGGCUGGCUGUACAUGAGGAUGGUUUAAGCAUCUUAGAAUACAACUCCAUGAGGUUAAUAGUCAGCUUUGUAUACAAGAGUCUCAUGACCUUCGGAGGUUAUCAAGAUGAUUUUAUGGUAGUCAUUAACAAUGUGCAUUCAAAAGACAAACCAACAGAGAAAUUACUUUUUGCCAUGGCAAAACCCAAGAUUCUUGAAAUCACUCUUUUGAUCGCCAGUUACAUAAACAACUUCCAUCAGCAAAAGGCAGCAUUUCAUCACCUCUCUGCUCCAGCGCUUCUCUUAGCCCCAGCCCAGGAACCCCAAGCCAGGGCAAUGGGAGGCCAGCCCCUUCUGUCAAGCAGCAGACCCACCAAAGGCCCCACCUUACUCUGAAAGCUCCAGGGCCUGCACAUUCACUCCCUUCUGCAAGCACCACAGAAGCUCCAAACAAGUUCAUUUGUAUUCUGGCAGCACAGCAGCACAUAUCAGUAUUCAAAGCUUUAAGAAUAAUGGAGGUUAUUCUCUUUUUAUUUGAUUUCUAAAUAUACAAAUGAAUACUGCUAAUUAAAAAAAAAACACAUUUUUCCAAUACACUGAUUUUUCUCUUAGAUCAAAUGAGUUAGAAUUUGUCAUUUUCUUUUGGCAUCCAGUAUGUCGUGUGAUGUUGACUUUUCUUUCUUUCUUUUCUUUUCUUUCCCUUUCCUUCCUUUCUUCCCUCCUUCUUAUCCUUCCUUCCUUCAGUCCUUCCUUCCUUCCUUCCUUCCUUUCUUUCUCCCUCCCUCCCUCCCUUCCUUUUCUCCUUCUCCUUCUCCUUCUUCUUCAUCUCCUUCUCCUUCUUCUUCUUUUUUUUUUUAACGUUAGCAAUCUUUAGAAAGGGAGAUUCCAAAACUCUCAUUUGGCAAACCAGUUUAUUAAUCACAAAUGCUUACUACCAAAAAUUAAGUACUGUAAUUGUAUGUGCCUUAACUUAAUGAUAGGAUGUUUGGAAAGAAGUGGAGUACACAGUUUAGGAAGCAACUAUAGGAUGGUGGUUAGGAGUAAAUUUUUAAAGCAACUGCAAUAAAUCUUCUGGCUCUAGGAAUCAUUAUAUGAGAAAACAGCAGUUAGGUAACUAGAACCUCCUUUGUAUUAGAAAGUAUAUCCUGUUACCUUUUUGGACCAUUGAAGUGUAAAAUUUAAAACAAGAUAGUGACUCCUGACAUUCCUUAGCUGUCAACAUAGCCUGAAUUCACUGGGAAAUUGCCCAUGUUUGAUUGCAUUUGGUGCUGGGUCAUCUUGACCUUGUUUUGCUAAAUAGUGUUACCUUUGAGAACAAAAACAAUUCUUAAAGCUUUGCCCCUCAUACAAUCCUUUCUAAUUAUAAUUUGAAAGCACAUUAUCAAAAACAGGUUUCAAAUGAAAAGAGAAAAUAAUUUUUCUGUCAAAGGAGAUAAAACUCUAGUUGAAAGAGUCUGGAAAUAGUUUACAUUACUAGGUUACGUAUGUGGCCAGUACAUUCCAGUAUGUGUCAAAACAAAGUAAUUAGUAUUAAUUUACAAUAAAAAUGAAACUGUGAUAAGACAUGAAAAUUAUAUUUUUAGAAUGUUUAAUUGUAAUAGUAAUCAUGAUUAUACUUAAUUUUAUUUAUGUGUAGAAUAUUUGUAUUUAUUUUUGGACAUAUAUUUAUCACUUUGUGUAUGGUAUUUUCUAAACCAAUUUUUUUAAAAUGUUAGCUGUUGAAUUAACGUGUUGGCAGAGCCUUCAAGUCUUCUUCUUUGCUGCUUUCUCUCUUGGCGAUGCACUGUUUUCACAUCUAAGUCUUUAAAAAAAUGUUCCUUCACAUAUUAGCAUCUGUAGAAAGAGCAGAACCUAGAAAUAUAUCGCUACAGUACUAUUUCCCUUUUGUCAUUGGUAAUGACAAAAAGAAGGUCAAGAAGCUCCAUAGAAAUAGAUUUCCAUUGACUAUUUCUCCUAAAUCUUUUGAGCCAUAACUAUUCAUUGAGUAAGCAAAUGAGUCUUUGAGAAUAAGCUUGGUUACCAAUUUGGAAUGACUCAGGAGGAGCCUUUUGGCUGGGAUACAGUAGACUUUCUAAGUUCCCAGAAAACCACUUAAUAAACAUUAUUUGGUGAGCCAGAGGGUUGACAAAGCUAUUACAUAUUAUGAGCACUUUAAUCUCAGGCAAUAAUUCCACCAUCUGUUAAGUCUCCUUAAAACUUAUAAUUUAAGCAAGUAGUGAAGGUUUAGCUUAAACUGUAGUACCUUAGACUUGGCAUUUAUUUUUGAUAGAGCAGAGAUAAAAUAUUUUGAUGGAAAGAAAUCAAUUUUCUGUAACUGAUGAUGUGCAAAUUUUAUUUUCUGGGAAAUGACUUAUAUAGCCAUUAAAAAAUUCAAAGUAUGUUAUUAUGAUUGGUUACAAGAGAAUAAUGUUACAUGUUUAAUUGUAAUAUUUGUCUCCUAUCAUUUUCUCUCCUUUCAAUCAUAAUAAAUGAUUUACAAAAACCCAUUUUGAGCAUUU